AUGGUAGUGUCACACGCCGGUGGGUGCAGGGGCUCAAGGGGCGGCAUAAACUCAUCAAAAAGCUGCAGGCGGAGAAAAGCCUUUCAGGAGGAGAUUCAGAGUUUUCAGGAGACAACAAUGAGCUUUCAGGAGAAGAUCAAGGGCUUUCAGGAAACCUUCUGGGGGGAGGAAAAGCCAAUCUGGGAGGAGGAAGCUGCCUUUCUUGAGGAAGAAAAGUCUAUUCAGGAGGAAGCAGAAGCCUUCCGGAGGGUGUAUUGUGACUUCUGGAAGGACUAUAAUGCUUUCUGGAAGAAAUAUAAGGAUUUCUGGAAACAAGAUCUGCUCCUCUGAAAGAAAGACAGAGUCCUUCUGGAUGAGGACAGAGUCCUGUGGGCAGAAGAAGCAGCUCUGUGGGCAGAUGAAACAGCUCUCCUGGAAGAGGAAAGAGCUCUCUGGGAAGAGGAGGAGGCCCUCCAGGAAGACCAAAAGACCCUCAAGGAGUGUGAAUAUAUCUGGGAGGAGGCCUUUGGUCCUGAGAGAGAGAGUAUCUCCAGGGAUGUCACUAUCGACAGAGGAAAGGCAUAA